AUGUCUAAGUAUGGCGUUGUGCAGAUCUUGCACUUCCCAUCCGGCAAGUACUAUUUAGUCCCAUUAUAUAAUAUCAUACACACCAGAAUGAAAUGCUCUCAAAUCAUCGAUCUUUUUAAAGAACAAAUAAAAUCAACAGAAAACUUAAAUCUUUCUCUGAGAUCAAUAAACGGCUUUUCAUUAUUACUAGACGACACAGACGAUAUAUUUGGCAUGUGCCCGGAGCUGCAAAUCCUUCCAACAAAGAGAUACGAAACCGAAGCCGCUAACUUCUUCCUCGCGGCCACUAUUGUCAAAGAAGGAGCUCCAAGAGCUGUUACAAUCAGUUUCCCUGUUAUUUCAACUGAUAUGCAGCUUUAUUAUAACUAUAUUGUUUCAUUAAAAUAUCCGUUAAAGCUUAAGAAAGUUCAACUUCAUCUCGCUCACUUACACGAUGUUCCAGACGAUCAAGUCGCAUCAUCCUUUAAAUUUUAUUCCGUUACUGGCGACGAAUAUAACAUAGAUACGUUUCAUGAGCAAGCGAUGAAAGAUUUCUUAUACAGCAGAGUAUAUGUUGUUUACGAUGCUAGCGAGAAAUCAAAGAAGAUCAUGCGCUUACGCUAUCUUUCAGUUAAAGAAAUUGUAGAAACAGAAGGAACUUAUGUUGAAACUCUUAGAGGAUUCGAAAAGAAUGUUGGUGGUUUCUUCAGGAGAACUGGCUGGGUUCCAAAGGAUUUAUACACGAUGUUGCUUCAAUCUGCAAAUUAUAUCUUAAGUUUACACGAAGAAAUGUACAACGACUUCCAGAAAAUCGAUAUCGACUACAUGGCAUGUGUUGGCUGGAUUUUCAAGAAAUUCGUGCCAUUCCUUAAGAUAUACCUUAACUAUAUGGCAACAUACGAUCAAGUUCUUAGCAUUAUCAAGAACUACAUGCUCAAUCCUCAAUACGAGCAAAUUUUUGAAGACUUCAGAAUGUCCGAAUACGCUAAAGAAAUCAGAUUCGACGGAAUUCUCAUCAAACCGGUUCAAAGAGCUCCCAAAUACAAACUUCUUCUUCGCGAGACAUUCAAAUACACUACGAAACAUCAUCCAGAUUACAAGAAUCUCAUUGAUGCAAUGAAUAUGUGUACAGUUUCCAUGAAAACACUUGAUGAAAAUGUUUUACACUUAGAGCGUCGUCAACAAGUUUUCCAGUACAGUAACUGUUUCAAGCCAAAAGUACCUGUUAUCCAACCAAACAGAGAAUUACUGUAUUUGGCACAAGUCCAGAAACGUGAUUGCUAUGCAUUCUUUGUGUUUUCUGAUGAGUUCUGGAUCUGUCUGAACAAGAAAGGAACAUAUCAACUGUCCAAACAGUUGAAUUACAACAAUCUCUCAAUAAUUCCUUAUGCAAUACAAUCUGUUUGUUUGAGAUACGAUGGAGAAGACACAAUCUACUCGUGCAAAGACGCAGAAUCAAGAGAUGAGCUUGUUAAAUUCUUCCGAGAAGCCUCAAUUCUCAGACAAGCAUCAGUUGGUUGCGAUGUUUCAAUCAAUGUCGAAACAAUUCCACAAAUGGUCUGUCCACUUCCUGCACUUGAGAAACACGCAAUGAUACAUGUCAAUGGUUAUCUUUAUAUUUAUGGCGGCUACUUGAAAGACAACCAGUUGAAUGAAGACCUCUACAUGGUUAAAACAGAUGACAUGAGUGUCCAAGUCUUCAAGAUGAACAGCCGAUGGCCACAAGCUCGUUCACAAUGCGCAAUAUGUUCACGUGGCACUGAAAUUUACAUUUUCGGUGGAACAAAUGAUGGAAAAACAGCAUUGAAUGACUUCUGGAAAUUCAACACUGCAAGACCAUCAUGGUCAUCUGUUUAUACAGCAGACCAAAUCACUCCACCUCCUUCUAUCAACCCAGCAUGUUACUGCAAUGAUGAAGCAAUGUAUAUUGUUAGUGGUGUUGAAAGUUUAGAAGUUUGGAAAUUCGUUUUCGAAGAAAUGAAGUGGUCUAAAGUCACAACAGGCGGCAUUUCUCUUAAACCAAUCAUUGGUGGAACAAUUUAUCCUGUUCCUAAGAAUGCAUUCAUCAUGGUUGGCGGCACAUUCGUUGAUGGCAAAUCCAAUGAUAAUCCAAUUUUGCUUCAAAGAAUGGGUGAAAUUGUAACAUUUGCAGAAGUAAAUGGUGUUUCACUUAUGGACAGAAAUUCACGUGAUGCAUGCCAAAUCAACAACUCUAUCAUUGUACCAGGUACAAGACAGGAUCCUAUAAUGAUGUGUCUAAUGAUAGAUUCACACACAUGGCUUGCUCCAAGAGUUCAAGGAAACAUCAUUGCUGCGGACAACUCUGCAUCUACAUCAGAUGGAAAGUUUGUUUAUUUGCACGGCGGUGUCAAUGAUGUCAAUGAAGUUAUCUCUGUUUUAUACAAGAUAACAGUUAAGACAGAUUUGAACCAGAUUGGCAACAUCUUGGGAAUGCAAGAUCCUUUCUACGAAGACGCCCUUUUGAAACGAUUUGUUGCUGCUCCAAAUACAAUCAAAGAUGCUCCUUGGGUUGAACAAAAAUAA